AUGGUUGACUGGUCAUCUGAAGCUGAGCUUGCCGUCGACGCAGACGCGUUCACAAAGUUGAUGCACUGCCUCGCAGGUGUCUACUUUUGGGAAUUCGCGGUUUCGCUUGAAUUCGACUGGGCGUUCUUAGCGGGCAAGAAGCAGUUCAACUGGCGAUUAAUCUUCUAUUGGUUGGGCCGAUACUGUCUCUUCUUUGCCAUGAUUGGCAUCCUGACUGCACUGGAUGUGACAUCCGAAAUUAAUUGCCAGGCCCUGUACACGUUCAACCAGUUGGCCGGUGAUGCGGCUGUUGGAUUGGCAAGCAUCAACCUCUCCCUGCGCACAAUGGCUAUCUGGUCCCAAAAUCGCUACAUCGUCAUCCUUCUGGUCAUCGUCAUCCUAGGACACUGGGCGUUGAUACUGCAAGGCAGGUCGUCCAACACCAUCCUCGCGGCGACGUUCAUCUACUCGAUGUGCUUCGACGCGCUCGUCAUGACACUCAGCGCGCUGAAGCUCGCGCCUCGCGCGGGACACUCGCAGCUCAUCCGGCUGCUCUUCAAGGAUGGCCUAAUCUACUUCCUCGUCGCCUUCAUCGCGAAUUUGAUCGCGACCGUGUUCAUGCUGCUCGACCUGAACUCCGUCAUGAGCGUGGUCUUCAACGUGCCCGCGGCCGUCGCGUCAACCAUCGUCGCUUCCCGCGCGGUACGCCGUCUCUCCAAAUUCACCCCCAACGGUGCCCAGGUAUACUCGAGUACCAGCGGCGGCUUCCACACCGCCGCGAACCCCGCCGCGAGCCACCACACCUACAACCACCCGAUGGGCCCCAAGAGCCUCAGCGGCGGCGUGCAUGUCCAGAUGCAAACAUUCGCGGUCGCCGACGAAGGAUCGCCGUACGGCGUACCAGACGUGGAGAGCCGAAAGAUUGGCGACAUCGAAUCUGGGGAAGACGCCGCAUCCGACAUCAAGCCGCAGGUCCUCUAG